AUGAGUAGUGCUCCUCAGGAACCCCGCACGGGUCAACAGCCGCAACAACAGCAGCAAGAGCAACGUCCAGCAUCGGCCCAGGGGAGUGAUGCCUCAUCCGAAAUAACAUGGACUCGAUGGCAGAAAAUCGAGAAUGUCAUUUGGGAUGGCGGUCAUCGUACGCCGCAGGAACGCGCUCUUGUGCGACGGCUGGAUAUAUUCAUCAUGAGCUGGGCUACAAUUGGUUAUUUUGUGCGACUGCUGGAUUCGGCUAACGUCAUCAAUGCAUACGUCUCCGGCAUGAAGGAAGACUUGAACUUCACUGGAGCUGACUAUAAUCUGCUCUCGACAUUCUUCAUCAUUGGUUACGUUAUCGGCCAAGUGCCGUCGCAAAUGAUCCUGACGCGUGUACGCCCAUCAUACUGGCUGCCGACCUGCGAGUUACUCUGGUCAAUCGUCACAUUCUGUUUCGCAGCUGCGCAAAACGUGCGAGAUGUCUUUGCCCUUCGUAUCGUCAUGGGAUUCCUAGAGGCUCCAUUUGCAGUCGGUGUCUUGACCAUCAUGGGCAGCUGGUACACCCCGCGCGAACUCUCUAAAAGAAUCGCCAUCUUCUACUCCGCCUGCUACGCAGCGAGCAUGUUCAGCGGCUACCUCCAAGCCGGCAUCUACAGGGGCAUGGACGACCACCUCGGCCUCCCCGGCUGGCGAUGGCUCUUCAUCUUCUGCGGCGUGAUUUCCCUCCCCUUCAGUCUCUAUGGCUACAUCGCCAUUCCAGACAACCCCUACAAUAGCAAAGCCUUCUGGAUGCCACCACACCAACUCGAAUUCGCGCGCAAACGCAUGGAGGCAUGCGACCGCCGGCCACCCGUGAUGCUAACAUGGGCCAAGAUGAGACGCAUUGUAACUCACUGGCCACUCUAUGCGUUUACGGCAAUUAUGAUUUGCCAGUGUCUUGUCACGCAGCCAUUGAACUAUUUCGCGGUCUGGUUGAAAAGUCUCCAUCGGUUUUCGGUGUAUCAGGUUAACGUUAUCCCAACUGCAGGCCAGGCCGUGGGCUUAAUUACGACGCUGACAUACAGUUGGCUCGCUGAUGCGUGGGGUGGCGAGAAGAGAUGGAAAGCUCUACUCAUUCCGGCCGUCGUCAAUCUGGUGGGAUUGAUAAUUGUCUCGAUUGGGCCGGGAUUCGGCGCGACGUUGUUUGGAUAUUUGCUUAAUGGGGCUAGUUGGGGAUUUUGGCCUAUUUGCUUUGCAUGGACAAACGAAGUCUGCGCCUCAGACCCCGAGGAACGCGCAAUCGUCAUUGGCGUCGCGCAAACAAUGGGCCAAGCAUUCGUUGCCUGGGUUCCUAUCCUGAUCCUAAAUACCUCCAAAUACGCACCCAAAUUCACAAUGGGCUGGAGCAUCCUCACCGGUUUCAGCGCUUGUCAAUUGGCGAUGGUCUUCGUUAUUCGGUGGUUUGUGCAAAGAGAUAAGCGACGAGCACGCGAACAGCAGCAGCAGCAACAGGAAGAAGAAGAAUUUAACGGUCAUCAUGAUCGUGACACUGACGUUGAGGGCGGUGUUGCUGCCCAUGGUAAUGUGGAGGAUACCAGUGCCGAGGAUAGCGAUAAUGUGGUAUCCGCGGUUCCGGAGAUGACGAAGGUGUAA